AUGUCAGAGCCAUGGCGCGCUGCCAGCACGCCGUGCAUCACGACAGAGCCGAACGCGAACCCAACAGCAGUCCCCACUCUGCACCAGGAAUCCCAGUUGGCGACCUUACAGUCAGCGACCUCGACUCCACACGCGCCCUUGCUCAACGAGACUCUGGAGGCCAUUCCUCACCCGCAUGCGUACUUCUGCAAGGAGCACAAUGGCUGGGUAUUACUCCUCUGCCAGAAUUCAAGCGUCCUCCCCAAGCUUGCGCGCAAACUCGACCGCCUUCCCGACCCUGAUCGUCGCACGCGGAGCGGCUCAUGCGUUGGUCAGGGCGAGCAGCCGUUUGGCCAGGUGAACGCGACACAUCACUGGCACCGCUACGAGCGUGCGGUUGACGCUCGUGAUAUCGAUCCGCCCUUUAUGCUAUCAGACCUCAUCCCCGGUGUUAUCCCACGACAGUUGGUCGACGAGUACAGUCACGUCAGGUUUACUCGUCCGCCGACUGAGAAGACAUCAACGGCGAGCGUUCUGAUAGGCUGGGAAACUUUGAUCUCCAUCAUUGAGAAGCGCUUAUGGCAGGACGAGCAGCGCAUACUGCCCGUCGCGCGCGUUCAAUUCCAGCAAAAGGUCGGCUGGAGCCAGACAGCCAAGCAGAUCUUCGAAACCUUACGCUUUCCCAUGAGCAUAGUGCCGGGUACGGAAGAGCCAGGCGUGUGCCCACCUGUUAUCGACCCGUCUAUCUCGGAGGGUACAGCGCUGUGGUGCUCGAACGUCAUUAAGCUCGCGACAGUCCCCCGCAGCCUCACGCUCGUUGGCGUCAAUGCGCUCGAUUUUGCAUGGAAGGAGCUUGGCAUGACACCGGCAGCAUACUCACAAAAGACACUUGUAUUCGCGUAUUUCGCGCAGUGUCGCUGCGAUCCUGUGAACACGCCCCGUUAUUUCACGGCACUAUGUCAGAUUGCCCAGGCGCUUGGCGAUAUCGGCGCGGCCGCCCCGGAGCUGCAGCAAAUCAUCAUCAAAGAGUCUUGUCAUCGUUAUGCACCUGAAAAGAUCACAGACGCGAUCGAGGUGCUCGGUCUCAGCAGGGAACGUGGACCUGAUACGGACGUCGAUGACCAGAGCAUCCUCGAGGCGUGGUGGAGUGCACGGUGCCGCUUAGAUGAUGCACUCCGAAUACUUGCCGACAGGCGUGGAAGCAUGCUGCUGUGGAAGGCAUGGGUUGAACAGAGCAUGACUGUGUAA